GCUGGCUGUCUUGACCCACUUGCUUGUUUGCAUUUCUCGCAAAAAUAUUCAUAUGCAAGACCAAAAUCAGAAUCAGAAAUUCUUUUGGGCAAGUGUGUCAUGAAAUUGCCAUUCGUUUCUGCUCUCUAUAUGUACAUCUAGUACCUGGCCAGACGACAAAUAUUUUCCAAACACACAUUAUAUAUAUGUGCGUUGUAUAUAUAGUACUUAUUUCGACGUGUUUAUAACGCAAUUUCAAAUUGCCGCUGUCUCUACAGAUAUCUAUAUAUAUAUUUUUUGGUCGGCAAUUACUCAAGCUGAGGGAUAUGACGGUGUGGUCGCAGGUGAAGCCCUGGGAGUGGUGUCGGGAGAUCUACAAGGACCGCUAUUCCUGGUCAUUCGUCAAGUGCGCCCUGGUCUUCUCGGCCGGGGUCAUCCUUAUUCGCAGUCUAGAUGGUAAAAUGCCAGACCCCGACUUGGUCACUAAAAUGUGAGCCUUUAAAGGCAACCAAAUUCCAGCUCCUAAUCAUAAUAUUAUUAUUGCUUUUGCAAUUGAAUUAAAUAUGUAAAUCGGUAGAGUUAA